AUGGCUGAGAACGAUAACGAAGCUUUAUAUCUGAGAGUUCAUCUACACUACAAUGGUGUAUUUGUUCGACAUCCUUCUGGGUAUGUUGGUGGGAAUAAGUUCCUCUUCACUGAUGUUGAUUGGGCAGGUAUGGAUGUAAGGGACUUUUUUUAUUUUAUUGAUAGAGCUAUCGGGGAACAGUUUCAAAACGUUUACUACUACUUACCUAACAUGCCUUUAUCUAGAGGGAUUCGUCCCAUUGUAGAUGAUUUGGAUUUUGCCCAGUUUAUAGAUAGCGGGUAUGAAUACGGGGAAAUUUCAAUUUAUGUUGAUCGUAAUGGGAAUGGGUUGGAAGAAUGGUGGGAUGAUGACAUGAAUCUGGUUGUUAGUGAAGAUAAUGAAAGUGGCCUUGAAGAUGAUGGUGUACCUAGAAAAGAAGAAAAUACUGCCCCUGAUGAAACCCAUCCCAAUGUAGGUCUUGAAGAUGAAGUAAUUGACAUUGACAAAGUACCUUUGAACAAGACGACUGCGGAUGAGUUUCUUAGUAAGUUAUGUCCUCGAGAAGGUGAUACUGGUGACAAUGAAGUUGAAGAAGAAGAUGUUGAGAUCCAUUCCAUUUUCAACCCUGAUAUGCAAUGGAAGAGGCAAGGUGAAAAGACCAAAGAUAACCAAGACUACACAGUUGAAGGUUCGGUGAAUGGUGGUGUAGUAGGUGUGCAAGGAUCAGUUAACAGAGUUGUAGGUGGUGUACAUGGAGGUGAAGGCGGUGUGCAUGGUGGUGAAGGUGAAAGCAAGAGGAGUGGGGUUACAGUUAGAACAAGAAAGCCUUCUGAGAGAAUUUUGAAAACCAAACUUACAAAAGUAGUGUAUGGGAAAAAUGAUGAAGGAAGCUCAAGAACAAAUGCAGUGGAUAUAGAUUAG